AACUUGGUUCACUCACGCAUUCAUUCACCUUUCGCGUGUGGCUUCGUCUCACUGUCACUGCCGAAUGACAUUGGUGAUGGCUUCGUAGUUCAUAGUAGUAGCAGAAGAAAACGAAACUCUCAAACCAAGCGAAACUAUGGGCAUAUAACUGAGAGAAGAAUAUAUCAAUAUCAUCUCCAAAUACGACGUCGUUCAGGUUGGGGUUUUAGCACAAGAUGUCGCUGCGAAUAAAGGCGGUAGUAGAUAAGUUUGUCCAAGAGUUGCAGGAAGCGUUGGAUGCUGAUAUUCAGGAUAGGAUCAUGAAGGACAGAGAAAUGCAAAGUUACAUUGAGGAGCGGGAACGAGAGGUUGCUGAGCGUGAAGCUGCUUGGAAGGCUGAUCUUUCUCGUCGUGAGGCAGAAAUUGCUCGUCAAGAAGCAAGGCUGAAGAUGGAGAGAGACAAUCUAGAGAAAGAGAAAAGUGUCUUAAUGGGAACUGCAUCAAAUCAAGAUAACCAAGAUGGAGCUCUUGAAAUUACAGUAAGUGGUGAAAAGUACCGUUGCCUCAGAUUUGCCAAGGCAAAAAAAUAAGGCUUUGCUGGGGUGACAAAAAGGAAAAGUAUGAUUUUGACUUCUCUCCCCCAGGGCUAGUGCUGUCGAGGAAUCACCUGAAAUGCCAAGCUCAGUUUAAGUACUUCUAGGAUUAAUUAUUGAAAUUUAACUGUUUAGUUGUGGUUUAUAAUUCCUGUUAGAUUUGAGUUAAGUGUCAUGACUUCCUCAAUUAAAUUUUUAUUUCAUUCUUUUCUGUGAUGGUGUUGAUGCUGUUUGCUGAAA